AUGACGGGGAAAUUUAGCGAAAAAGAUCAGGAAAGAUGCAAUCACUAUGCUCGGUUCAUGAGAAACCUCACGUUACUACAAGCGAAUUGUAUCUUUUGGAUACUAUUCACACUCGUUCUUUUCAUGAUGUGUCUCAGUUCUUUCCAACACCAUCGGUACGAUAUUAUUUCAAUUUCCCUUUGUUAGGUCUAUGUAUAUCGUGAAAGCUAAUAGCAUCCAUCAGGUCCAACAGAAUUAUCGAUCUCGAAAAAGGGAUGCCACCAGAACAAGUACAAUCACCAGAAUACAAACAAACCGUACAACAAAAACGAAAGGGGUACUUUGCCAUUGUGAUGAUCUGUUUUUGGGUAGCCUUCACCAGCAUUAUCUUCGAGUGCUUCGCUGCAUUCAAUAUCCAGUUUUGUGACGGUGAAGAUCUCAUUCAACUCUACUGGGGAUUUUGGUCAAUUCUUCAAGUCGGAAGCCUCAUAGCUAUAGUCGGUGUUAUGGUUCAAUUUUGGAUCGUCUUGAGUGGAUACGGAACACCGCCAUGGGGAGUCGCUUUGGGAACACCUGUAUUGGUCUUUGCCGCUUUUAUAUGGGUCCUGAGAUACACAUUCAAGGGUGCUUGGAAAAAAGCACGCGGUCGUUAUAUGUGGGGAGGAAACUCAGAUUCCGACAACAGCGAUGAGGAGGGGGAGAAGAGAGAUUAUUGCGCCAUGGCCAAUAGACAUAUGAGCAGAGCGUGA